AUGGCUGCCACAACAACCAAGGCCUUCCACGAGGCGCGGAUAGAAAAGGCCUUCGAGUGCUUCCGGUCUCAAUUCUGGGCUACAAUGGGCCAAAAAGCAGAGAGGGAGGCGGCCAAAAGCUCCGUUCUAACAAACCCUAGAAGAGCCCUCAACCCACAGCCUGCUGUACAUGGCCACGACAUUGCUCCAACAGCAAGAAGGAGGAGGAGGAAGAAGCGGCGUGUACCUAAUUCACGGAGGCUCAGCGCUGCUGGCAUCCGCAGCUCACCUAAACCUCAUCACGACCGCCUGCAGGGCUCAACUCUUCGACCAGCGCAAGAUCUCUCACGGGCCGGGGGCCAGAAAGGAACUAUACGCAAGCAUAGAAUUGCAACCUUGUGCCCGACUCUCCCCAGCUGCGUGACGGAUCCUCACUCCAGGCGGCACGUACCUGUGAACGGGACACUUGGCCUCUAUGAACUAUUAGUGUGCGCUGUCAACUUGCCGAUCACUGGAAUAGGUUGA